AUGUCAUCGUUUGCAAGUCCCAUUCCUCCGCCUGUUUUUGACUCGGAUGAAUCGGAUGUAGCCAGUCAACAAUCAACAGACAGUAGUUAUUUAGCAUCACAAUUUAAUCGUCGUACUCGUCUAUCAUUUUCACCAAAAUUAACUAUAAAUAGUAGUUGUAGUCAAGUUUUACCACCAUCAUCAAUACUUUUUGAUGAUUCAACAUGUGGUAGUUGUAGUCAACCAUUACAAGAUGAUUCACGUAAUCAUAGUCAACAAUCAUCACAAGAUUUUAUUCUUAAUGACUCAAUUAAUAUCGAAUCAGCCCUAUCACGUUUAACAACAUUAUCUCAAACUCCAUCCGAAAUAUCUUAUCAAUCAUCACCUUUAUCUUCACAUAUAACAAAAUCGAAUGAAUUUAAAUCACCUUGUCAUCUUCGUUUUACACCAUCAUCGGGUACUGUUGCUACAAAAAAAACCACAAGUUAUACAGUUAAAUAUGCAACAAAAAAUACAAAUAAUAAUACUACUACGAAUAAUAAACGUAAACGAAGUACAACAAGAAAUCGUGAAACAAAAACACGAUCAAACACAUCUAUUGAUGGUAUAUCACUUAAAACACCUGAUCAAUCGCCAUGUACACGACGAAAAAAUCUUGAUUAUGUACAAGAAACUACAUUUCGUUCACCAAAAGUUCAACGUCGUAGUCGUCAUCAUGAUGAUUCAAUUAAUUUAACAACAUCGAAUAGUUCAAAUCAUCAUGAACAAUCAAUGUCAAAAUCAAAAGGUGAUUUAGUUAAUACGAAUCCAUUUAGUCCACAAUUAGAUAUUUCACAAACAAAACGUGCUAAACUUGAUUCACCAUCUGUACCACAAAAUACAAAAACCACAACAACAACACCACGUUAUCGUACACGCCUUGUUGCUAAACGUGAUCAACAAACAAUUGUUCAUGUACCAUCAGAACGUCGACAAUCAUUACGUAAUGUUCCAGCUAGUUCACCAGCAUUACGUGAAUUAACAAUUCGACGAUUUGAUGAAGAAUUUCAUCAAGAAUUUUUACUUGGUCAAGGAGAAUUUUCACAUGUUUAUUUAUGUAAAAAUCGUCUCGAUGGUAUAACGUAUGCUAUUAAAGCAUCUAAACAACCAGUGCUUGGUACAAGUUAUGAACAAAUGGCAUGGCGUGAAACAUGUGCACAUGCUAUACUUAUAUCACAUGAAAACUUAGUACGAUAUCAUUCAGCAUGGAUUGAACCCGAUGGUAGAUUUUUUGUUCAAUUAGAAUAUUGUAAUGGUGGUUCAUUAGGUGAUAUAUUAGAAAAAAAUCGACGUAAUCAUAUGUUUACAAAUGAACAACAAUUAAAACAAAUUCUUCAUCAAAUAAGUGAUGCUUUAGCAUUUAUGCAUGCACAAGAUUUAGCACAUUUAGAUAUAAAACCAGCUAAUAUUAUGUUAUGUCAACGUUCAAUAAAUAUUAAUUUUAAUAAAGACAAUGAUGACAAUAAUAAUAAUGAUGAUGACGUAAAUGUAAAUAAUAUAAUUUAUAAAUUAACUGAUUUAGGACAUGUUAGUCAAAUAAGUUUAUCAUCAAUUGAAGAAGAUGGUGAUAGUCGUUAUUUAGCAUUAGAAGCAUUACAAAAAUCAAAUUCAAAACAAAUUAAUUUAGGUAAAUGUGAUAUUUUUUCAUUAGGUUUAACAUUAUAUGUUUGUGCAACAAAUCGUGAAAUGCCUAAACAAGGUAAUGAAUGGCAACAAUUAAGAUUAAAUAUUAAUCAUUAUCUUCAUUCAAUUUCACAUUGUACAAGUCAAUUUAAUGAACUUAUACUUGGACGUAUGUGUAAUGUCGAUCCGAAUCAACGACCAUCAGCUUAUGAACUUUUACUUAAUCCUAUUGCCAGUCCAUCGUUGCCGACUAGUCGUGAAUCACUGCGACAUAGUUUAAAACGUGAGCGUCUCAAGAAUUUAAUGUUAAAUAAAAAAUUACUUAGUCAUUAUCUUUUAACAAAUUCAUCCGAUCUUCAAACAUUACCAACAAGUAUUAAUGAUACAAAUAAUACAAGUAUUCAAUGUCAACCAUUGUUUGUUUCUCCAACACAAUCUACAAUUGUUCCACAACAUCAAUAUGCGUCAACGCCAAAUGAUAAUUCAAGAAAGCUAUUAAUUAAUACAUCAAAUACACCAGCAUACUCAAUAACAGCAUCAACAAUAAAUAUGAAUCAAUCAUUUGCAUCACCAGUACGUGGAGGUUCACUUACAAUGAAACAACAACCAAAAUUAGUUGGUUCUAAUAUGCUUCGUCAUUAUUCCAGUAUCAUCUAG